UAUGGCUGUUUCAUUAAAAACUUUUCCCGCGUCCAGACUCCAUCCAUGGCAACUCAACAAUUCUACAUUAAUUCCUAGACGAACAGCGUUGGCUUUGAGCGAUAAAAAACAGACGGUAGACGAUGAGUUGCUGCUAUGGCGGAUUCUACCACUUCUUCAAUAAUGUCGUCUUCUCUUCUUCUUGUUCUUCUCUCUGGAAUAUGCCGUUUCGUCUCAUUAUAUCAAAAUCAUCAAUUUCCCCUCGCUUUGUCUUCUUCAGUCCUCAUCGUCCUCAUCCAGAAUCAACAUGGGGUCUCCAAAAAGAAACCCCUUGCAGGAGCCUUAUAUUCGUGCUCGAGAGAAUCCAUACUUCAAUGGUCUAAUAAGAGGCGGUCUAAUAAAAGGUGAUAAUGCCUCAAGAGAUCAGACUUCUUCUACCUUGAACUUUCAAGGAAUUGAUGAAAGCCAGAAUUUUUCUGGGACUACAUCGGAUAUUAGUGAUGAAAGAAGUAAAAAUUCUAGUCAAGAUAUAUCCGAGGAGUUCAUGGAAUCACAAGAAGAGGACUUGUCCUCAGUUAAUAACAUGAAUCCCAUCGGGCAGUCUGCAUUUUCAAAGUUGUCAAAAAUUGCUAAAGUAACUCCAGUUUCAUUCCCAAACUUCCAAUCUGAGUUAACCAUUGAGGUUUUUGAUACAUGUGAUUCAGUGAAAAAACCUAGCCCUAAGAACUCUGAAGCAACUGAAGAGUAUCAUAUUGUAUCUAAUUUAGCAAGACCUGUAAUAGAAAAAUCCUAUAGCAUAAACCAAAGGAAACAAAACCUGUCGAAGAUACCACUUCCUCAAUCUGCAGCAUCAUUUUAUAAUGGAUUUUCCCCACAAAUUGAAAUUGUGGAAUCAUGCGAAAGCAUUAGCAGGUUAAAUUUAUACUUAAAAUCCAGAAGAGGUGAUGUCAGUGUUGGUGUUCCUGGAAGAUUCUUGCAUGCUGUAAUUGGACAAGAUGUCUCUGAUAUUGGAUCUGUUGCUGCAACUAUCAUGUAUGCCUUCUACUUGAAUGAAACUCUUGAAAGUGAUCAGUUAUGCACUGUACCUGUCAUCAAUAUGAAAAGGGCAGAUUUCAGCUCUCAUGCUGAACUGACAUGGUUGCUGGAUUCAUGCCAAAUCGAUGAGUCAUCCAUAAUAUUUAUAGAUGAGAUUGACCUGUCAUAUUAUGAUCUCUUUGGAAGUUUAAAGCUGGUUCUGCUAAAUGGGCAUAAGCUCCCAACCAAACAAGAGGCAUUAAAGGAAGCAGUGGUUGAAAUAUUCAAUUGCAGAGAGGGUGAAUCAGUGUACCCCGGGGUUGAGAAUGUUACUGUGGGACAGGAUGACUCUUGCUGCACCCUCAUUGCUGAAAAGCUUGCACUAACUUCACCAGAGAUUUUGGUGGGACAAGGAUUCAGUAGAAUUUUGUUGGCUGGCAUCCUCUUGGAUACUGGAAACCUCACUGGCUCACAUUGUACAACUAAAGACAAGUACAUGGCUACAUUGUUGAUCAAUGGUGCUGGUCGCUUUGGUUUGAAUGGUCUUUACCAACUACUGAGAUACAAAAUGUAUGAUGUAUCUGAUCUCAGAGUUGCUGACAUAUUGCGCAAGGAUUUUAAGAAGUGGACAAGAGUAGGUAAGCUAGAUACUGCUAGUUCAAGGUCCUUGAUUUCAAAUAUUGGUAUGAGUUCUAUUGGCAUAUCAAUUGAGCAGUUUCUUGCUCAUGAGGGCAUCUCAACUGAAGAAAUCAAAAAUUUCCAGCAGUUGGAGAAACUUCGGCUACUCAUGAUUGUAUCUGGGUAUUAUGAUUCACAGAAGAACUUCAAGAGAGAGAUACUGGUUGUUGCUGAAUCUGUGGAGCUUAUGAAGAAUCUGCUGCUGUUCUUAAAUUCGAAUGCUUCACACCUGCCACUCAAAGUCCUCCAUAACCCAGGUCUAAAAGAAGAGAUGAAGAUAUUUGAGAUUGACAGGAUCACAUCAAGAAAGACCAUUGAACGUCUCUUAGAAGAUUUUGGUGGAGCAUUAAAAGCCUAAUAUGCAUGGUUUAUGAGCAAAGACAUGCAUAAUAUAGGCAUUUUGUUUAUUCAAUAUGUGAAUAUCUAAAACAAUGGUGAAGGAAUAAGCAAAUUUAGUGAGGAACAAGCAAGAUUGCCUGCGAAAUUUAUAAAUUUAUUGUAUCUUUUUAUUCUGUUUGAAGUUUAUUUUAUUAAGUAAUAGAUGAAUAGUUCAUAGAAAUUAUUGUGUAAAGAAUUGUGAAAAUCAUUUAUGCAUUUUCUAUUUAUUCUUUUGA